UUUUCCUCAUGCCUUCAAAUUUCAAUCCAACCAACCACCACCCACCGUCAUGAACUCCACCGCCCUCCUCCACCGUGGAAUCGCCCCAACACUGCCACUCCCGUUGUCGUUCCGACGCAACAUGUCUUCUUCCGUUCACCUCGUCCCCAACGAGACCGUUAACAAGCACGACGCUCGGAGGUGUAGUAAUAAUGGCAUCAAAAUAGUGUGUCACAGAUAUAACCGAAUGGAGUCGUCCGGUUCUCAGAACGAUGGGUUUCCUUUUUUAAACACCAAAGUGGCUAUGCAGUCGCUGCUGUGCUUCUCUUUGGAUGCGGCGGCGGAGUUCGAAACCAAAGACAUAAGUGCUCAGAAGAGAAAAGCUUUACAGGCAUUGUUGGCUAAUAAUCCUGCAGAGGCUGAGAGGAUAAUGAAGAAGGUGCUCCAAAAAUACAAAAAUGACAAAGUUGAGAUUAAAUAUGAAGCUACCUUGGCAAUGGUUGCAAUUCUCAUCCACACGGGACAAAGAAAAAGCUUGAGUGAUGCUAUGCUCUAUCUAAACGACAUAGAAGCGUGGAAGGCUAAGCCAAGUGACAUAAAACGUAUCCUUUAUAGGGCUGUUAUAUAUACCUUAUUGGAGAGCAGUAUUGAUGCUAAAGAUAAUUGGAAAAUUUUCUCAGACAACAUAGGCAGUGGCCCAAACAUGAUUUGAGUACCAUCCUUUUUUAUGGGG